ACUCACAAAAUAUUCAGAGAUAAUCACACAUACAGAGAGUACAGACAUACCAUCCAUCCAGCUCCAGAUCGGCAGAUCCAGAUUCAUUCCACAUGCACCCCGCGUGACCUGUCCCUUUCUCUCUCUCAUCAAAACCCUUUCCCUCCAAUUCCCAUCAAUUCCAUUACAAAUCAAUAACAAACCUACCUAGGUUUACCUUUCUCUCUCUCUCUCUCUCUCUUCCAAUUUUCCCUGCUAUUCGUAUUUUAACUUUCAACCUUUCCGGUGGCAACUCCAAUCACAGAAAUGCCUUUCAAGUCAUCAGACAAUUUGGAUCAAAGCUUAAAAAAGAAGUUAAAAAGAUUGGAUGGACUUGAAGUAUCAUUUGGAACUGAUAUUGUUGCAGGUGAUGCUGGAGGCUUAAUCCAUGAGGCAUCGCAGAGUUUGGUACAUGGAACAGAUGGUUCAGAAGAUGAAAAUGCUGGAAACACUGGAGCAUGCCAAGCUCAGAGGAUUAAUGGUUCUGAGAGAGUGCUAUCUACUGACGAAAACAAGAAAGUCGAUACUCAGGUUGGUCCUUCAAGUGAAGAGAAAGGAAAUGGAAGAACCGCUACAGUGUCUGAGGAUGCUCCUGCCCCUGCUAAAGUUGCAGAAUUCUCCAUUGGAUUACCGAAUGAGAUAAUAGAACCUAGUGCUGUGUCUGUUGUUUCCUCAGCUGGUGCAGGGUUGGCUUUUGAAGGUUUCAUCCUGAAUGAAAGGCAGCUGAAACGGGAGAGACGAAAACAGGCUAACAGAGAAUCUGCAAGGAAAUCUAGGUUGAAGAAGCAGGCUGAAGUGGAUGAACUUAUGAGGAGAUAUGAAUCCUUGAAUGUGGAGAAUACAGCCCUUAAAUUUGAAUUGGAUCAGCUGAAAGAGGAUUCUGAAAAAAUAAGGAUUGAAAAUGCUGCAUUAAUGGAUAAGCUAAAAAAUACACAGGUGGAGCAGCAAGAAGAGAUUAUUUCUGUUAAGAUUGAAACUGCUUUGGCCCAACCAAAAAAUUCUGAGAAUAUUCCCAACAAUCAUUCUGUGACUGGGAAUGUGCAAUAGGAAUGUGAAACCCCUGAAAAGACUCUGAAACCAAGCAUCAUCUAUUAGAAACAGGUCUAGAGCCGAUGCUGUUGCUGAUGGAUGACCAUGAAGUUGGUGUGAUAUUCAGCAUAUAGUCUAUAUGUUAUUUUUAGUUAAUUAUGUGGUUUUCACAAAAGAUGGAAAGCCCAGUUUACUCGAAAUGAUAUAUACUUUCACAAUAGGCAACUAAUAUAUAAGCAACAACUUAGCUAGGAGGGACAAAAGCUCUAAUGGUGAUUUCUAAUGCCUAUUUUUUGCAGGUUGCUUUAAUUUUUGACAUUUUGGCAUAUGGUUUUUGAUGCAGUUUUUUCUUUUUUUUGGGUUUUUUUUUGGGGGGGGGGGGUGU